GCCUUUUUGCCUCUUCGUCUUUGGGCUGAACUUCAUGUGCCAAACUCCUGACCGCUGCUGCCUUUACGACCAUGAGAAGGUUUAACGCCUCGAUAAAAGAAGAAAUGACUUUUUACAGCGGAGUUACACCGAGUUUUAGAGGAGAAUCUGGUAAAAACCGGCCGUUUGUUCCGGUUUGAAUCAGACGUUAGCAAUAACCAGCGAAGGAGAAACAACUUGUCCCCGAGCGCGAGACGUUGGAGGACUGAAGAAGGGAAGAAGAAACCGGUUUAAGACUUUACGGAUUUAGCGUUAUUGAAUUAAAAUGCUUAAUCUGUCUCUACUGAGAGCUCUCCGGCCGGCUGUACAGAAGUUUAAUCCGGGUUUGAAGCACCCAGCGACGGGGAGGCUGCCGGGCACUGGGCGGCUCACACCGAGCUGCUGGCUGGGGACACACGGGAGGAACGAGCCGAAGGAGCCGCUGAACUCCCCGAAGAGAGCCAAAGAGUUCAUCUACCGACUCCAGCCGAAGGAGAGGAGGUGCUUACUGCAGGAGCUGCAGAGCUUCGAGUCCAUAGCUAUAGCACAAGAGACGGUGGAGCCCUCGCCGCCGACUGCAGCUCAGAUCAGAUAUGUGUUGUUCCAUAACGCACUCCCCUUCAUUGGUUUUGGUUUCCUGGAUAACGCCAUCAUGAUCGCAGCUGGAACUCAGAUCGAGCUCUCUAUAGGAGUCACUCUGGGCAUCUCCACCAUGGCUGCUGCAGCUCUGGGGAACCUGGUGUCAGAUCUGGCUGGUCUGGGCCUUGCAGGUUACGUUGAAGCUCUGGCGUCCAAACUAGGCAUGCAGGUUCCUGAUCUGACGCCCAAGCAGGUGGACAUGUGGCAGACCAGAGUCAGCUCACACAUGGGUAAAGCCAUUGGAGUGUCCAUCGGCUGUAUUUUGGGGAUGUUCCCACUCCUGUUUCUCGGUGAUGAAGAUGAGGAGAAAGACGCACAACCCUCACAAUCAGACUCGUAACAAACCACAACAACUAAAACUACAGCUACACAACUACAACUACACAACUACAGCUGCACAUCCGCACCCCAUCACCACACCUACAGACUCUGCUACUGAUGUCAACUCUAAAUGGAAGAAUGUUGCCGUGUUAGGGUGGUGUUCACAGCUCCCCGGCAGCUCUGCAGCUGUGUCUGCGCGGUGUGUAACCAUGUGAGGCUGAUGCUGGUAUUUAUCAGAGUGGCAGUGUUUUCUGUCUGCUCCAUCACGGUUGUCUGUUUGCUGCAUUUGCCUGUUUAACUGGACGUUUCGUUUUAAUUCAGUCAUUAAAUCAGACGAGGGACAGGCAGCAGAUGAGUUUCAUUAGUUCUCAUUCUGUCACCAGUUCUCAUUAAUCUGGACUCUGUUUUGACCUGAUGAUUGAUUGUCUUUAUGAGAAGCAGCUGUCUCUGCACAAGUGACAGAAACUUUCCACAGAUUCUCUGAAGGACUUUACAUGAUAAAGAAAUCCAUGUGAAGCUCAAUAGGACAAUCUUACAUAAUAUUUUUAUUUAGAAACAUAUAGAGUGGUUCUAAAGUUAUGUUUGAUGUUUAUUAACACUAUUUUUACUUUCAUCUGCAUGUGGUUUGGCCAUUCAGAUACCAAGUGGUAAUCCUUAUUCUAAGUGUGGACACACCUAAAACUGCUAACUUGGACUGAUACAGAGGAGGUCUGGGACGUCUUUACCGGGACUAGAUUGGUCGUGAAGAUGCAUGUAUCAGAGGGGGAACGGUGAGUUCUGAUAUCAUGUGUUGUUAAUUCAGAGUAUGGAUGUAAAACUGGAGUCUGUUAGUAUCUGAAUGACCAACGUGGAUCAGUAAUCUGAGGUAUAAUCGACCCCUCAGCAGCAUCAUUCGAGUACCUUUUGUCAAAGUUUUCUGUUUUUGCACUUUUAUUUUUUCUAACCUAAAACAGCGAUAUAAAAAAGACUCUCCAUGGUGUCUUCUGCUACCUCUGUGGGAAUGUUUUUCUGUGUUGUGCAUGAAGAACCGAUGUUGCUCUUUAAUCAGACUUUUUAAUCUCAGACACUUUUUGAAAUGCUGGAAGCACUUCAUGCUUUUAUAAAUGAUGAGGCGCUCAGACAACCUGGAAGCUGGACUUUUCAUUCUAAUGUUGGACUUUAAGCCCACUGAUGUCUGCUCUCCAAGCCUUUUCUCCAUCUCUGUUCUCUCAUUUUUUAAUUCCUGUUUUCCACUCGUCCCUCCAUCAAAGACUCCUGACUCUCAUCCAGCCGUCUGUGUAAUUACUUUUUAGCUCGUGUUUCCUCAAACUUGAAGCUGCAGAUGGUCGGGAUUUUCCUCAGCAGACCGUGCAGAAAAACAUUUAAAACCAUAAGAUGGCACUUUAGCAGUUGCUUCCUUUUUAUCCUCAUUUUCUUUAACACUCCAACUUUACAGAUAGAUUGAAGGUGCUUUUACUCAUAGAUUAUUUAGAGAAGUUCUGAAACAAAGUGGCGCUCCCUCCUCGGCCCCGUUUGCUUAGACAGAACACAACAGACUGAUUGAAACCCGCCUUGGCCUUUUCAGGCAGUUUAUUUUAAUUGGAAAUUAAAAAAACAAAAGAAGAGAACAAAAAAUGCAUUUGUUAAUUUCAAUUUGUUACUGUAUUUUACACUCAGAUUAAAAAGAGAGGAUCAAAGGGCAGAACACUGGUAAUGUAACAUUCUUUUUCCACAGCAUCUAUGCAAGAAAGAUAAUCUCUCUAACUCUGAUAACUUUAUAUUUCUGACCUGUUGCAGGUGUUGUGAAAGAAAGAAUGUUACGUCACCAGUCCUCCACUCUUUAAAAGUUCUCUUUAAAAGUGGUUUGUUUAACCAUUUUCCCCCCAGUUUAAUAUAAACCGCCUUAAAAGCCAAUAGCAGUUUUCCAGUUUUUUCAUAUUUUAAAUGGUGAUUGGGAAAUAGUUUUUUCUUGAUUUUUUUAUUUAUCAUUUGAAAUUGUAAACCACUCUGACCGUUCAUCCCUAAUUUUAACCGGUUAAGUUAAUAAUAAUGUUUAAAAAGCACAUCAAUGAAUCCUUCAUCGCAAAAUGUUUUUCACAGAAUAACACAGCAGCACCACCUAGUGGCCAAACUUAAUACCAUACAGUCAGGCACAAUCCUCAUGUUCUGAUGUGGGUUAUUUUAUUCUGUUGAAUGCCUUUAAAAGUUUUGAAACUUUUGAAACAUCUUGGUAAACAGAUUGAAUUCCCUUCUUAAAGCUGCAGCUAUAAAACAGAUUUUAUUUUAGUUUGAGACAUAAAUCCUUCCUCAUCCCUGAAUCUAAAGGGAUUAGGAAAGGCAGAAAUAAAACGAUUAAAUUGAGCACACUGUUGACAGAAAUGUUUGAAUCAUAUUUAAAUAAGUGUUUGGACUCUGCUGUAGAUAUAUAGUUUUAUUGGAGGGAAUCUGAAAAACAGAGUAAGAAGCAAUAAAUCACCAGCUGCUGAAUUAUGGAGUAAAAGUUCGUAUGUAAUAUUUAUGUAGUAAUAAUGGUAUUCUGGCUGCUGCUUGUUACCGUGGUAAUCUUUACAUGUGUGACUUUGUACCAUCUCAUGUUUAAAUCAUGUUUGUGUGUUUUCUCUGAGGAUGAAGGGUUUUUAAUUUUAUUGAUUUAAUCAAUAAUUUAAUUCUCUGAGUUGAAAAAAAAAUGUAGGAGGAUGGAAGGGCCAGAAUAAACUGUCAUCUCUUUAAUAAUAUAUCACUAUAAUGAAUGCUGUGUUGUGUUGCCAACUAGUGGACAUGUGAGCAGCACUGAAACAUGCCUGUUGUAUAAACCAGAGGGUUGAAUGUAAAUAUUAAUUUUAAAUAAAGAGAGGAGUGUUUACCUCUGCAGGUGAUUCUGCAGCCUGAA